AUGCCUGGCAUGGUGAUGUUUCGGCGGCGCUGGUCAGUUGGCAGUGAUGACCUGGUGCUGCCCGCCCUCUUCCUUUUUCUAUUGCACUGCAUCUGGUUGGUGGUUCUGUCUGUGGUUUUGUUCGGCCUUCCCUAUGGCUCAUAUCAGUCGUGCUCUGUCACGCUGGUGGACCACGGCCGAGGCUACCUGGGCAUCCUGGUCAGUUGCCUCAUCUGUGAGAGUGCCAUCAUGUGGCUGAGCAUGAGAGGCAGCAUCCUCUACACACAGCCCAGGGAGGCUGUGCAGUAUGUCCUCUACAUACGGCUGGCCAUUCUGCUGGUUGAGCUGGUAUAUGCAGUGGUGGGGAUUGCCUGGCUUGUCCAAUAUUACCAACCAUGCUCUGAUGUCACUGCCAAAAACCUGGCUUUGGGAAUUGUUGCAUGCAACUGGCUAGUGAUAUUCAGCGUGUGCUUCACCCUCAUGUGCACCUUUGAUCCCACGGGACGGACGUUCGUCAAACUGAAAGCCACCCGCCGGCGUCAACGCAACCUCACCACAUACACACUCCGACACAGGCUAGAGGAGGGCCAAGCCAGCAGCUGGAGCAGGAGACUCAAGUUCUUCAUGUGCUGCACAAGAGCCCAGGAUACACAAUCAGAUGCGUACUCAGAGGUGGCCAGCCUGUUUGCAGAGUUCUUCAGAGACCUGGACAUUGUGCCUAGUGAUAUCAUUGCUGGUCUGGUGCUUCUCCGCCAGAGACAGAGGUCUAAGAGGUCUUCAAUCCUGGACCAGGCCAACAAUGACAUUUUAGCCUUCUUAUCCGGAAUGCCUGUCACUCGCAACACUAAAUACCUGGACCUUAAGAACCCAACUGAAAUGAACAUGUACAAGGAGGUGUGCUAUUACAUGCUUUUUGCCCUGGCUGCAUAUGGUUGGCCCAUGUACCUAAUGAGGAAGCCUGCCUGUGGGCUGUGCCGCCUGGCCAGCUCCUGCCCCUGCACGUCAGUGUCUGGCUCUCGGUUGUCCCAGACAGUGACAGUGGAGGAGGACAACUGUUGCGGCUGUAACGUGCUCGCCAUUCGCAGACACUUCCUGGAUAGAGACCUCAAGCAAGUUCAUAUUGUCUACACUUCCUGCCAUGAUGCUGUUUAUGAGACUCCAUUUUUCGUGGCAGUGGAUCAUGGAAAAAAGAAGGUUGUCAUCAGUAUCAGAGGAACCCUAUCACCUAAGGAUGCCUUGACUGAUCUGACGGGGGAUUCUGAGCGUUUGCCUGUGGAGGAGCAGCAUGGAAACUGGCUUGGCCACAAGGGGAUGGUUUACUCAGCAGAAUACAUUAAGAAGAAACUGGAGCAGGACAUGAUCUUGUCACAAGCCUUUGGAAGAGACUUGGGUAAGGGCACCAUGCACUACGGGCUGGUGAUAGUAGGGCAUUCUCUCGGUGCAGGCACUGCUGCUAUUCUCUCGUUCCUGCUAAGACCUCAGUACCCCACACUUCAAUGCUACUCUUACUCCCCACCUGGUGGCCUUCUUAGUGAGGAUGCCAUGGAGUACUCCAAAGAAUUUGUCACCUCUGUGGUAUUAGGAAAAGACCUGGUACCAAGGAUUGGCCUGUCACAACUUGAGGGUUUUCGACGCCACCUUCUGGAAGUCUUACAGAAAAGUAACAAGCCAAAGUGGAGGAUCAUUGCUGGAGGCACCAAAUGCAUCCCUAAGUCAGAGCUUCCGCUAGAGGAGGAUGGUCCCCAGUCUCAACCAGCAGCGCCCCCCAGCAGCCGACUGUGGCUCCACCCUAGUGACCUCAGCAUUGCCCUUUCAGCCUCCACCCCACUUUACCCCCCUGGACGGAUCAUCCAUGUGGUGCACAACCAUCCCCCAGAAACAUGCUGUGGUCAGGAAGAGCCCACCUACUCAGCUCUAUGGGGGGACAACAAGGCCUUUGAUGAGGUCAUCAUAUCACCGGCCAUGCUUAAUGAGCACAUGCCUCACAUGGUGAUGGAGGGUCUAAACAAGGUGCUGGAGAACUACAACAAAGGGAAAACAGCCUUGCUGUCGGCAGCCAAGAUCAUGGUGAGCCCCACAGAGGUGGACUUGAAUCCAGAGAGCAUCUUCAUGGGUGCAUCAACAACCUCCCAGCAGCCGACGCCUACGACCCACCAUCGCAGGAACAGCAGUGUGCGUUCCUGUGCCCAAUCUGAAAUAUCUCUGGAUGGUUUCUCUGAGUGCCCUCCUCCGCCGGUGCCUGUUGUGCUGCGCGGGGCACGGGAGCGCCUGGCAGUGGAGCUGAGGGAUCGCAAAGCACCCCUGGCUGUCAUGGAGAGCCUCUCAGAUGCCGAAUCUCUCUAUAGUCUGGACUCCAGACGCUCCUCUGCUGCACUAAGGGGUUCGCCUAUGCUGGGAUGCCUCCCUUUCCCUUUGGAUGCCCCCAUCCCAGAGGAGAACCCGUCCCUCAGCUCUCGCACUGAACUACUGGCUGCUGACUGCCUUUGCCAGGCGACUCCAGAGCACCUGGGAGAGGCCGGACCCUUCUUUACCCCCCUGGAAUCCAGAUCCACCCCUGAUUACCCCAUGCGCCUCUCCCCUGCCACACCUCACUACAGUGGACACCAUUCCCCGGCUCUGCUAGGCCAGAGUGUCCUAACUCAACCUUUCAAGCCAGAGCCUAACGCCAACUCAAAAGUGCUUCCUGAUGGGGAACAGCAAGAGAUGCCUGCUGUCUACAGUCCAGGGACCACCCCAAAUGCUCCCCUCAGUCCACAGAUCAGCUCUAGACCUGUGGACGGAGAAAAGGAAGAGUGGGAGACAGAGCCAACGGAGAAGCAGCUUAACAUGGAGACCAAGCAGACAGCGUCCACGCCUCCACCCCAGCUAUCAAACGGAAACCCGAGCCAGGCGGUAUUGGAGUUUGCCCAGUACCUAGACUCUCUAUUCAGACUGGACGGCAGCAGCUCACCACCUCUGGAACUGUCUGAUGGGGAGUCAGAGUCAGGCCGGGGCUCCUUUGGGCAGGGUGAGGGUCUGGGAGAAAGUCAGAGGUUAGAUGACAAACAUCUUCUGGCCAGAGCAACACUGGAGCCCAACCUGGUCCCAAAGCCCCCACGCACUUUUGCUGGAUCUGCUGACCCCUCCUCUGGCAUCUCUUUGUCGCCCUCCUACCCUCUCUCAUCGUCUGGGGAGCUCAACGACCUGUCCCCUGCCGACGGCGCCCCGCCAACCGCACAUUCUCUACGAACAUCUGCCCCCUGCCACUAUACUGAAGAGAAUACACUAUCGUCUAUGGUGUAGUGUGCUCUCAAGACUUCGUCGUCCUUUGCUCCAACUUUAGAGGUGCAUCCAUCCAAUACUCUAAAACAUAUCACAGUACAUGCAUGCGAUGGAAUGCAGUCUGCCAUGCGGUCACUCAUCAGAGACACCGUGAUGGAACAUGACUGACAAAUUCACAGACUAUUUCCAUUUUUCAGGUGUCCCUUUUGAAUGCUGUGUAUAGCAUUUUCACACUAUUGCAAUGACUGUAAAAAAAAAAAUACCUCUGUCUGCAUGCCAGGGGGAUGUGCUGCUUUUUGGGUGAAUAUAACUAACUGUAGCUUCACAAUGCCAUUCCAAAACAAUGCUGUCUCACUCACGUAGUGACGCGACAGCGUUGCAUCCAUUCACUGAAGUAACAAUCAAAUGGAAAAUAGAUAACUGAGCAGGGAUUAGAAAACUAACACUGUAGAAGAGGUUAGCAUAGGCACAUCAUCUGAGUAGAUGUACUGCACACCUUCCUGCACCCUCAGCAGCUCCGGAAUUUUUGUCCAGCAUUUUUUUUAUCAGGAAUGUGAAGAUGGACUAAAUCGUCAAUCAAUAGAAGUGAGAAGACAUUACAAAAUGUUCCUCAGGUCUAUUAGGAAUUGACUCCGUGGAAGAGAGGAAGUGUGUUUUAUCAGUGAGAGUUAAUGUGUCUUAAAAUAGUGAUUGUGACAAAGUUAUUACAGACGCCUAUGGAUGUUUUUGAGUUUUUUGGUUACCAUUUGUAGUGCAUGAAGAAGUUACUUUUUUUUUUUUUUUUUUUUUUUUUAAAGAGAAACUGUCACUAAGCCACUCAGAUUUACAUUUGGAUAACCUUGCACACAUCCAAAUGCUCAAUUUGUCCCCUUUGCCAAAAAAAAAUGAUGCAAUGUAUUGCCAAAUGUAUUUAUGAGAUAUAAUUUUGUGUAUGUAUAUGAAUGUUGAUAAAUUUUAACAUACCAGUACCAAGUUCAGUUCACCUAGGAAGAGGAUUCAUACUGUGUAUUAUCUCUCCCCCAGCCAAUCCCAUGUAGACUGUGUUACACAGCAGCACCACGGAGAGGAGGCCAUCCUGACCUUAAAACACUGCCAUGGCUUUCAUCUCCAAAACAUAAACCUCUCACCAAGGCUUUGCACCAGUCAUAGCUUAGAGACCUUGCGCACAAUAACCACCUUUCUCACAGCUGUCCUAAUCUAUUAACUACUGUACCCUUUCCUUGGGAGAGCUCCUAGCAACGUGUCCAUGCUGUCACAGGUCACUGUCUGUAUGUAUUACGCAUUUCAGAGUAGCAUGACUGACAUAGGAUGACUUUGGCCAACCCUGUCAUUAUGAAAGAGCUGUAAAAAAAAAAAAAAAAUGCCCUGAAAUGAUCCUAGAUCUGAACUCCACCAGGCUGGACCAAACUCUGUAUCCCAAAAAGCAUCGUGGGAGAUGCACUGUAGGAUAUCGAUUCUCUUGUCUUCAAGGUGCUUUCAACUUUGUCAUCUUGGAUAUCCAAAUGUUUGCUUCCCUUUAAACUGAUUCAUCUCAAGCAUCCUUGGGGUUGGACUGGAUGAAUAAACGGGCUCAUUCACUAUGUAUGCUAAUUUCAAUAUAUGAUAUACAUCUUCCAUAUCACUUGGGGUGUAACAGUUGGCUUUCACGAUUUACAUUAUUUAUUACCAUUACUGUUGUUAUCACAAUUAUUGCUAUAUUUAAUGGUAUUAUUAUCCUUUACUCUGGCAACAGGUUGAUUUGAUCUCAGUGGUUUUUAUUUCAGUUGUUGGGGGAAUGUUUUAGAUUAUUUACCCAGUGCAAGGAGAAAUAUAUAUAUGUGGGGAUAUUUUUUUCUGUCCAAGUGAAAAUUACUGGACAUUUUGUCAUUGCAUGGUUGUAAUAUGCUCUGUUUGCAAAAACAAAAACGAAAAAAAAAAAAUCAUAGCGGUGAGAUAUGGUCUCAAUGGAUAAGCUCCUCACGUUGACCUUUGGUACAGUACCACCUUUUAGAUUGGAGCCACCAUAGUGAAUUGCAGAGUUGCUCUGUUUGUAGUGGGAUUUGCUGUGGCUGCCCACAGCAGACGUGUUCUGUCCAGUUGACAGUCUGACGCCCUCCAUGUCAUGCUGUCAGUCCCAGUAGUCUCUCACAAGACGCCCUGAGGUUGAGCCACCAGUGUUGCUCAGUAGCUUUGCUUGCAGUGGGUCAUAAAGUAAGCAUUGCUGAAAGAAGGCACUACAGUACUUUUCACCAUGAUGUGUACAGCACCAUCUUCUUUGUGUAAUUAUUUAUGCAGAUGUCUAAAGAAAAAAAAUAUUAAAUUCCAAUAGAACUGUGUAGAAAACUACUGUAUUACUAUAACGAGGUAAUGACUAUAUUAUAAUCUUUAUGAAUAUUGACAUAUAAGAAAUGUCUGAAGAAAAGAAUUCUAUUUCAUCUGAAAGCUAUAUAUGACAGAUUCAAACUAUUUGGCAAAAUCUUGUUCAUCAGAUUUAGUAAUUGGUCUAUACUGAAAGAGGAAUAAUUCAGCUAUGUCUUGUCCAUGUUUACCUGGUUUGCUUCCCUUCCUUUCCUGCCCCAGAAUGAGAAUGUAUUUAAUCCCUCUCCCUCACUGCCCUGCCUGUAAUGGAAUAAAGCAAAACCAACUACCGAGAAGUA